UCCAUUGUUGCAUCUGUUAGGAAUAGGAAUUAGAAAAUGGCAUUUUUCAAAACUUUCCAGCAGAAUCUGCCUUCGGUAUCUUCUCUGCUGGACACAAUCAGUAAUGCCGUAGAAGAUUUGACCACUGCUGUUGGGGAAGUCAGCUAUGCUUUAACUGACUCAGUUGCUGAGCAGGUAACAAGUAUGAUAAAUGGCUUUCGCCCAGAAGAAGAAAACUGUGCAGUAGCAGACACUGUAGUUGAUACUUCUAAACAAGCCAAUGCCGUGUCACCAGAAGUCUCCAAAGACACUAAUUGUCAGAAAACACAGUCCAGUUUAGAGCACAGAGCUAAUCGAAUUGGUUGUUACAAUACUUCAGUUUCACAAAAGCAAGAUCACGGAAUGGACGAAGAAAAAGGGUUCAGACAUAUUAAUGAUAGGCAACAGGCUCUGUCAAAAGGCCAAGAAGGCGGUAAUGCUGGUGGUGAUUCUUCUUUGAGAGGUCACUUGAGUGAUGGUGGGAUGUCGGUUACCAAGCAGAAUGCAAGGGCUGGAUCUGCUUGUGAAGAACUUGAACAUACUGACAGAUGUAAAAAAAUUGGAUUAGGAAGUCCCGAUGAUGGUAAGAAUGACUUAAAGGAGGUAAGAUAUCAAGAAAUGAGAGAACAUCAUUUAAAGAAAGCUGAAAAAGAUAUUAAAAGUAAAGGACCCAGAGGGAAUGAGUGGUCAGGAAAUGAGUGUUCUCCAAAACAUAUUUUGGCAAGCAACAGACAUAUGAUACAGGAACCCAUUAUGAAAGAAGACAUACAUCCAGUACCAUCAACUAAUUCUACAGAUAAGUUACACGGAAAAAUCAAAGAACAAAAAAAUCCAGCAACGUGCUACAAAGUGAAAGGAGACAUAAAAACAAAGAAAAAUGAAGCCAUUUCUGCCCACAAAGGAACAGCAAAGAGUAAAGAUGAAAACUAUUCUAAGAUAAUACCAGGAAAAGAUAAUUCCUACCUGGACAAAGAUGAGCAUGGUUCAUCCUCUGAAAGUGAAGAUGAAGCAUUGGGUAAAUAUCAUGAGGCCUUGUCCAGAACACACAAUUCCAGACUACCGUUGGCAGACUCGAGACAAAAGAACUAUGCUUGGGAAACAAGACAAAAAUACAGCCCUCUGUCUGCGGAGUAUGAUGGCUACAGUAGUGAAGCCUCAAUAGAUGAAGGAAACUGCAUUCAGAGAAUGAGAAGAACACCCCCACUGGAUGAGUUGCAGCCACCACCGUAUCAGGAUGACAGUGGUUCUCCCCAUCUCUCAUGUACGCCCUCAGAAAUUGGGGACAGUAAAUGUGAAUUUUCCCACUGCAGCAACAGUCCAAGAUGCUCAUAUAACAAGUGCCCAAGUGAAGGAAGCACAGGUCAUGAAAUAGAAAGUUUUCCUAAUAAAGGAUAUGAAGAAGAUGUGCCAAGUGACAGCACUGCAGUCCUGAGCCCGGAAGAUAUGUCAGCUCAAGGAUCAUCCUCACAGCUUCCUAAACCUUUUGAUCCUGAGCCAGAAGCUAAAUAUGGCACACUGGAUGUGACUUUUGACUAUGACUCACAAGAACAGAAGCUUCUGGUAACAGUGACAGCUGUCACAGAUAUCCCAACAUAUAACAGGACAGGGGGCAACUCAUGGCAAGUACACCUUGUUCUUCUACCUAUAAAGAAACAGAGAGCAAAAACCAGCAUCCAGAGAGGACCAUGCCCUGUCUUCACAGAAACAUUCAAAUUUAAUCAUGUUGAAUCUGAGAUGAUUGGAAAUUAUGCAGUUCGGUUUAGACUGUAUGGUGUACAUCGCAUGAAAAAAGAAAAGAUUGUGGGGGAAAAGAUUUUUUAUUUAACAAAAUUGAAUCUUCAAGGGAAAAUGUCAUUACCUGUGAUAUUGGAACCUUCUUACAAUCAUUCUGGCUGUGACUCCCAAAUGAGCGUGUCAGAAAUGUCCUGUAGUGAAAGUACAUCCUCAUGUCAGUCUCUUGAACAUGGCUCAGUUCCAGAAAUUCUCAUUGGCCUGCUUUAUAAUGCCACAACUGGAAGACUAUCAGCAGAAGUGAUAAAAGGCAGCCACUUCAAAAACUUGGCAGCAAACAGACCACCCAAUGGACUGUUCUGUUGUCUAAAACACUUGAUAGGUGGACAGGUUUAUAUAAUCCGAGAUACAUAUGUUAAAUUAACUCUGCUGAAUUCCAUGGGUCAAGAGAUGUCCAAAUGCAAGACAUCCAUCCGCAGAGGGCAGCCUAAUCCAGUAUACAAGGAAACUUUUGUUUUUCAAGUGGCCCUAUUUCAACUUUCUGAUGUGACACUCAUACUGUCUGUGUAUAACAAACGCAGCAUGAAAAGAAAAGAGAUGAUAGGCUGGAUUUCUUUAGGUCUGAACAGCUCUGGAGAAGAGGAGCUCAAUCACUGGACUGAAAUGAAAGAGUCAAAAGGACAGCAAGUGUGUAGAUGGCAUGCAUUACUAGAGUCGUGAUGAAUAGGAUAACCGAGCAAUUACAAUCCAAGGCAGCAUUAUCUCUGAUUGCAGCAUUACUGUUUUUUACCUAGUCACCAUUAGAAGAGCUGUUCUUUGAAGCAUCGUCCUCAACAUUCUACCAGAAUGCUUUAAGGUCUGUGGAAAGAACGUCUAAUACUGACACAAAUGAAGAAAAGAUGUGUCUCUGGUAGAGCUUGUCUGGGAAAUGAGACACUUGCAUCAUCAUUGUUAACAGUCCUCCAGAGCUGUAAGAACACGCUUUUGGUUUGAAGUUAAAUUUACUUUAGUAAAAGAGUCAGUAAUUUCAUGAAAAAAAAAUCAAAACUAUAAGUGAUUUUUUUCAAUCAGAAUUUUUAGUUGCAAUGCUGUUUUAGGAUCACCCUAAAUGUUAACCAGGAGACACAUAUUUUGACUGGCUCAUCCCUGGUGUUGGAAAUGUUCUUUAAGCUGAGAAAGUAGGUCUCCAGCUCUAUCAUGAGGCAUAUCUAAUGGUGAAGGGUUUCAAUUACAUAGAACACUGUUUUAUUCCAGAUCUUUUCCCUUUGUGCACUUAGUUUCAUUGUGCCUCAGUUCUUCUCAAUAGCACUCAAUCUCAAGUGCAAGCAAGUAUUCAUUUUCAUAAAGGAAUUUUUUUAUAUUUUAUUUAAAAAAAAAAAAAAGCUCAUUUCUUCAUUUGCCUCUGCUUUUGCCUGAUCCAAAGAGACCCAGUCCCUGGACUGGUCCCUUGCAAGUCUUUUAGACAGGUUGUACUGUAGAACCACGUAACUUUCUGUUGAAAGCACUUCCUGUAUUCUUGUAUUCCAAUGUAGGAAGCUAAUAGAGCAGGACUUUACUUUAAAAUUUCUUUCAACAACUGACUCUUUAAAAUUGUAGUAAUGUGAAAAUACAUUUUUUACAAACUUAAAUAAAAUAUAGUAGAUAAGCUGUUGAAAAUUGAAAGUUCAAGUUAAAGAAAGUGUUCAUUGCCUGCUCUGAGAACGGAGCGACCAACAUUGCAUAAAGCAGGUAGCAUUCCAAUAAGAAGCUGUUCUCUCCCUAUAAAUCUUCUUCAGUCUUACUUCGAUUUGUACUUGUGAUCUAAAAACUCUCCGGUUCUCAGUUUGAAUCAGAACAUCAUGGUAAAAACAGUUCUGAGAUUCCUUAUGAAAUUUCUAGUGACCUGUGACUAGCUUUUAUGAAACUUACAGAUACGUUCUUCAACGUGACGUCAUCCUGUGCCUUUCAUGUAAGUUACAGUUGCUCAUACAGCUUGAAAGUUGUAUUUGCAAAAUUAGGCCUUCGAUUUUUAUAAAUGUAAAGAUUCCUCAGAACAGUGUCACAAGAUCUUUAUUUCCUCUGAAGUAUGUAAAAGUUGUAUCAUGUGCUAAUUUUUUUAAACGGCAAGGCAUUUUCAUUUGUUGUUUUUAUAUUUAGGAACUCUUAUUAAUCAGGAAUAUUAUAAGCUGUUUUCUUUUUAAUUUUGCUUCUUACCCAGUAUAUAAUUUUAUGCGUAUACUUUAUUAAAUAGAA